CUCUGCUGCUGCUGGGCCUCCUCAUCCUCAUCAGCAGCCUGAACCCUCACGUCUACUAUGGAGGCAUCGGCACUACGGAGCUGGAGGAGGAGAACCACUACUUCAAGUGUCUGGGCUACACCCCCAUCACCAACGUCACCAGCCACAUCAUGGAGGAGGUGGCUCAGGACAUGCACAUGCGGGAUCAUCUGGAGACGUUUGCCAGUGAGGAGGAUCUGGAGAACGCCAGCCUCUACGAGCCCUCCAGCUUCGUUGGCGUGGUGUUCACGGACAGCUCGGCCACGUCGUACAGGCUGCGCUUCCCCUACAGCCAGCUGCCCCUGCCCAGCGACUACACCGAGUCCAUCGCCAGUUGCUUCACCAACUCUGUGAACUGCAGAGCUGCUAACUACUGGUACUCCGGCUUCAUCCGCCUCCAGUCUCGGAUCGAUGCCGCCAUCAUCCAGAUGCAGACGAAGCGAUCGGUGUGGAGCGAGCUGGACCUGAGCGUGGUCAUGAUGGGCCAGCCCGGCUCUGUGGAGGUGCAGAAGUUUCCCCACGCCCUCAUUUCCAUCUACCUGGUCCUGGCCUUCACGCCCUUCGUCACCUUCCUCAUCGUCAACGUGGUGGCUGAGAAGGAGCAUCGACUGAAAGACACCAUGACCAUGAUGGGGCUGUACGACACGUCCUUCUGGUUAUCGUGGGGCCUCCUGUACGCUGCUCUGGUCACCACCAUGUCCAUCCUCAUGGCCGUCAUCGCCACCUACACGGCUCUGUUUCCUAACAGCGACUUCUUCGUCGUCUUCUUCCUCAUCUUCCUCUACGGGAUAUCAUCUAUCUUUUUCUCCUUCAUGCUCACUCCGUUGUUUAAGAAGCCCAAGUUUGCCAGCACGGUGGGCUCCAUGCUGACGGUGGUGUUCGGCUGCUUCUCCCUGUUCACCGUCCUGAUGAAGGAUUUCCCUCAGUCGCUGGUCUGGAUCCUCUGCCUCCUGUCCCCCAGCGCCUUCUCCAUCGGCAUCGCACAGGUGGUUUACCUGGAGGCUCAGGGAGACGGCGCUGUGUUCUCGUCUUUGACCAACGGUCCUCAUCCUCUCUACGUCCCUCUGCUCAUGCUGGUGUUGGACUGCAUCCUUUACCUUCUCUUGGCUGUUUACCUGGACCAGGUGCUGCCAGGUGAGUUUGGGAGUCGGAGGUCGUUGCUGUACUUCCUGAAGCCGUCCUAUUGGUCCAAGCGCCGGGAGCGCUACGUUGAAGUGAGCUCGGUGUACGACAGCGAGGUGAACGGGGCUCCGGCUGGAGACGAGUCGGUGGAGCCGGUUUCUCCUGAGUUCAGAGGGAAAGAAGCCAUCCGCAUCAACAACAUCCGGAAAGUUUACAAAGAGAAGGACGGCGUGGUGGAGGCUCUGAGAGGUUUGACCUUUGACAUCUACGAGGGCCAGAUCACGGCCCUGCUGGGACACAGCGGGGCGGGGAAGUCCACCCUCAUGAACAUCCUGUGUGGGAUCUGCCCCCCCUCCAGUGGCUCCGCCUCCAUCUACGGGUCGCCUGUAGCCGAGAUCGCCGACACCGCGGAGAUGAAGCAGCUGGUGGGAAUCUGCCCUCAGUUCAACAUCAUCUUCGACGUCCUCACGGUGGAGGAACACCUCAGGAUCUUCUCCGCCAUCAAAGGAAUCCCCCCGGGGGACGUGGACGCUGAGGUGACUAAGGUCCUGAAGGACCUGGACCUGGAGAAGAUCAUGACGGCCCAAGCCAAGAACCUGAGUGGAGGCCAGAAGAGGAAACUGUCCCUGGGCAUCGCCAUCCUGGGGGACCCCAAGAUCCUGCUGCUGGACGAGCCCACGGCUGGAAUGGACCCCUGCUCCAGACACCAGGUCUGGUCCCUGCUGAAGAGCCGCAGGUCCAACAGAGUCACGCUGCUGAGCACACACUACAUGGACGAGGCCGACAUCCUGGCUGACCGUAAAGCUGUGGUCUCCCAGGGCCAGCUGAGGUGUGUGGGCUCCUCCAUGUACCUGAAGACCAGGUGUGGGGUCGGGUACCACCUGAGGAUGUCCAUCGCUGAGACCUGCGACCCCCAGCUGGUCUCAGCCAGGGUCCAGAACCACGUCCCCAAAGCCACGAUGUCCCGGCAGCAGGAGGCCGAGCUCACCUUCACCCUGCCCUUCGAGAGCAUGGACACCUUCCCAGGUUUGUUCUCGGAGCUGGACUCUCAGCCCAGUCUGGGCAUCACCAACUACGGGGUUUCGAUGACCACGCUGGAGGACGUCUUCCUCCGCUUGGAGGCCGAGGCUGAGGUGGACCAGGCCGACUACAGUGUGUUUAACCGGGAACAGGCCGAGGGCGAAUGCGACAGCGCCUCUCUGGACGACAUGGACCAGCGGCUGCUCUCCUUCUCUGACAGCAAGUCGGACGUGGUGUCGGGUCACGCGCUGUGGAGGCAGCAGUUCAGCACCGUGGCCUGGCUGCACAUGCUCAACAUGCGCCGCGAGAGGAAGGCCUUCGUUUACACUCUGGCCUUGUUCCUGGUGUUUGUGGCUGCGGUUCUGGUCCUGUCUCUGGUCACAGGAAACAUCCAGAUUCACUCCUCCGACCGACAGUUUCUGCCCAUUUACCUCCUCAAGAGGAACCAGGAGCCGCGGAGAUACGUCACCAGCCUCCUGGUCCAGAACUCCUCAGGCUCUGACAUUUCUGACUUCAUCCACCACCUGGAGUCUCAGAACAUCAAGGUGGAGCUGAUGAAACACAGCGACUACAUGUCAGCAGCUCCUCACAGCGCCGCCAUCAACGUGACCGGCUCCAGCAAGCAGGGCUUCAGAUACAGCGUUGCAUUUAACAGCACCACGGUUCACUCCUUACCCAUGGCCGUCAACGUCCUGAGCAACGCUCUCCUCAGGGGUCUGAACGGGUCUGGACAGAUCCAAACCUGGACCAAACCCUUCGACUAUCAAAUCCCAGACGCCACGUCCUACGCCCUGGUCUACAUAGAGGCCAUCAUACUGGGGAUGCUGGCCGCUGGCAUGCCUGCGUACUUUGCGAUGGACCACACUCGGGACCGAGAGAUCAAGUGUCGCUCUACGCUGCGUAUCUCGGGCCUGGUCCCGUCGGCGUACUGGUGCGGCCAGGCGGCGGUAGACAUCCCCUUCUACUACCUUAUCCUCUCCAGCAUGACCAUCGUCCUGUUCUCCUUCCACACUGGAAACCUGCUGACCUCCAGCAACCUCACGGCUGUGGUCCUCUGCAUCGUCGGCUUCGGCCCGGCCAUCGUCCUCUUCACCUACGUCUUUUCUUUUGGCUUCGCCCGAGUCCAGAGCAACAGGGACUUCUUCUCUGUCAUCUCCAUGAUGGUGUGUGUGGUCUCAGCCACCCUUGUCCAGCUGUUUGUGAAUGUAAACCCUGAACUGACGAGGAACCUGCACAACAUCUUGUGUUUCUUCAACCCUCUGUAUCCUCUGAUGGGUUGUCUCAACUGCAUCACCAAGGCCACUUUCCUGCCCUCUGUCUACGAGGAGAACUUCCUGUGGAAGAACCUGCUCAUCUCAGUCGUAGCCCCAUACCUGCAGUGCAUCCUCCUGCUCUUCCUGCUCCGGUGGCUGGAGAUCCAUUACGGAGGCAGGACCAUGAAAACCGAUCAGUUCUGCAGGAUCUCAUCGAAGUCGAAGCCCAGAGCGGAGAGGAACCCGGAGGACGGGCUGAACGAGGACGAGGACGUUCAGAUGGAGAAGGCCAGAGUGAAGGAGGCUCUGAGCUGUCAGUCCUGUGAGGAGUCGGUGGUGGUGGUGAGUAACCUGAGGAAGCAGUACAAGGGUAGACGAGAAGGGUUUUCCUUUGGAAAGAAGAACAAAGUGGCAGCAAAGAACGUCUCUUUCUGUGUUCGUAAAGGGGAAGUCCUUGGACUGUUGGGCCCCAAUGGAGCAGGAAAGAGUACCGUGAUGCACAUGUUGUCUGGAGACACCGACCCCACCGCAGGACAGGUGCUGAUGGGGGACUACAGCACUGAGUUCCAUCCGGUGGACCAUCCUCUGGAGCAUGUGGGCUACUGUCCUCAGGUGAACCCUCUGUGGCCCAGGAUCACUCUGCAGGAACAUCUGGAGAUCUACGCCGCAGUCAAAGGUCUGAGAGGCCAGGACGUACCGGGGAUCAUCACACGGGUGGUGGACGCUCUGGAGCUGCAGGAACAUGUGAACAAACAAACCAAGAGUCUGUCAGCGGGGCUGAAGAGGAAGCUGUGCUUUGCUCUGAGUAUGAUCGGGAACCCUCAGAUCGUCUUACUGGAUGAACCCUCCUCAGGGAUGGACCCCAAGUCCAAACAGCGCAUGUGGAGAGCCAUUCGUGCUGCGUUCAGGAACCGAGAGCGUGGAGCCGUCCUCACCACCCACUACAUGGAGGAGGCUGAGGCCGUGUGUGACCGUGUGGCCAUCAUGGUGUCUGGACAACUCAGGUGCAUCGGCUCCAUCCAGCAUCUGAAGGCUAAGUACGGCCGAGGCUACAGCCUGGAGGUGAAACUCAGGGAGGAGCUGACGGAGCUCAGACAGGUGGCGCUGUUGCACAAGGAGAUCCUCAGAAUCUUCCCCCACGCCUCCAGACAGGACAGCUUCGCUACUCUGAUGGUUUAUAAGGUCCCCAUGGAGGACGUCCAGUCUCUGGCCAAGUGUUUCUCUCAGUUAGAGAGCGCCAAGCAAAGCUUCAACUUUGAGGAGUACAACUUCUCCCAGUCCACUCUGGAGCAGGUGUUCAUGGACUUUGCCAAGGAGCAGGAGAAGGAGGAGGAGGAGGUGGGUUCUCUCAGCACCACCUUCCAGUGGCAGCGUCUUCGUCCAGACGUCUCUGUGUCCGUCCAGCCUCCCGACAGCGUUGUCCACCAGCUCUGAGUCUGGUCUGAUGACGGCGUCCUCCUGGACAGACGUGGUCCUCUGUCUGGAUGUGGGGACCCAUGGACGUCUUUCUAAAGUCUUUAUCUGCACAGGGAGUGGGGACAGAAACUCUAAUAAUCUACCAGUGAUAUAUUUAUGCUUUAUAAUCCUGUCACCUCCUCUCACACAUGGACACUCCAUGAGCACAGACAGUUACUGGGGGACGUCUCAGCGUCCACAUUCAGGCUGGACACACUGGACACACUGGAGACAUGGCCGUCCUCUGGAGGGACCACUACAUGUAGCACAGCAGCCUCUCCAGACGUUAGACAGAGCCCAGAGAACAGCUCGGCUUUGGAACUCGGACUGUUCUGUCUAGAUCUCUAUAGAUCUACAUAGAUCCUCUACAUAGAUCUAGACCUAUAGAUAUAUCUACUGCCUCUGCUUAGGUCUCUGUAGGUCUAGGUCUAUGUAGAUCUUUGUAGACCAGGUCUAUGUAGACCAGGUCUAUGUAGACCAGGUCUAUGUAGAUCUAUGUAGACCAGGUCUAUAUAGACCAGGUCUGUGUAGAUCUAGGUCUGUGUAUAUCUAGGACCAGCUCUGGCUCCUCCCUUCCUCCCAGCUGUGUGUCAUUGACUGUGUGUCAUUGACUGUGUGUGUCACUGACUGUGUGUGUGCUGUGUGUGUGCUGUGUAGCAGGUGUGUUGAAUCGUAAGUGUGUGACGAGCUGAGACAUGUGAGGUGGGUCUGAGCAGACCUCCAGCUCAUCAACCACCUUCAGGCCUCAGCAGCAACUCGCUCCACUCAUUUGCAUGAAUUAAUUGUGUGUCCGAGCUCAGACCUCCUUCAGUCUGUUGUGUAGAGGUUGUAAUGGAGAGGACUGAGGCUCCAGACCUGGAUCUAGAGGACCCCCUUAGUGACAUGUUGUCCUUUAAAAUGUGACAAGUGAAACCUUGUGACACUGGCAGACUGUACAACACUGGCUCUGAGUGCAGUACAACAUGUUUUGUUUCUUUUCCACUGACACAGUGUAGUGUUUGUGUUCCAGUUCCUGUUGUGUGUCACUAACAUGUGUCGUGUGCUGUAGACCAGAAGACCGGGGCUCAGUGGACGCUGGAGCGUUUGCAGCAGGUUUCUUUGACUUUUCCUGGUGGUGGUAAAAUUGCACUAUUUCUGGGAAGUUUUCUAACCUUUCUUUCUAUUAUGCAAACUUUGUAAGACACUCAGCACUGAUUUUAUUUUUUAAACUGGUUUACUGUGUCUGAGCGGACAUGUGACCUUUUUAUCAAUAAAUGUUCAUCCUCCUCA